AGAACAAGUUGGGACUCACAACAAGGACCAAGGACUAGAAACAAGACGUUAAUACCUACUAUCUACAAACUACAAAACAGCCAACUGCAAACCUAUUCAUCCAGAUCUAACUACAAAGACAAUAUGGAAUUUGAGUCAAACUGCAGUUUAAUGAAGAACACCUCUGCCAGUGUAGCAUGGAGCUCCAAACUGCCUCAGGGUCUGGAUGUGGAGAUAUCCCAUCACCCCAUCACCCUGCGCUGUGUGGCCAACCUCAUCAUCGCCAUGGAGAGGCUAAAUGGCGGCAAGGGGUUUACCCUGGGAACCAAGUUCAGAGAGGAGAACCUGUUAAAUUUCUUGCUAGAGAGUGCAGUGGAAGUGUUGGAGUUGGAGUCGGCGCGCACUGAAGCCUUCAGCAGAGCAGGGUUCAGCAGUAAAGGAGAGUACGAGUGUAGUGUCACUGACUCUGAGAAUAAGUCCUGGGUGCUCAACGAAGGGUCUAUGGAGCUGCAUGCUAUGAUGCUGCAGGGAGGCAGCAGCUACCAUAAAGUGCAUUUGAACCUGUCUACGUACAUCACGCCUUUCCCCAGUGAGACUAAAGCAAGACCUGUAGCCCUGGGCAUCAAGGGAUCCAACCUCUACCUAUCCUGCAUCACAUCAGAAGGCAUGCCCACCCUGCACCUCGAGGAGGUGGCAGACAAGGAGCAGCUGAAGUCCAUCAACCAUGAGAGCGACAUGGUACGCUUCCUCUUCUACAAACAGGACACCGGAGUUAACAUCAGUACCCUGGAGUCUGCCCAUUACAGGAACUGGUUCAUCAGCACGGCCCUACAGCAGGACAACACCAAGAUGGUGAACAUGUGCCAGAGGGAAACCUCCAACCGCAACACCACAAUCAUUAUCCAGCGCCACAACUAAGGUGGGUGCCGAAACGGACACCACAGAUCUCUCAUAGAGAUCCUAUAUAAUUCAAUGUUAUUUUUAUGUGGCCAGGGCUGGAUUUUCACUUUCUGUACGUCUAAAGAUUAGGUGUAUGUUUGUAAGACACAAUAACGUCUUCGGGUUGUAUGUAUGUAUGUGUGUACUACUAGAGCAAUUCACCAUUGUGGUGUAUUGACUUGGUCAAAUUUUACCACAAGAUGUCGCCGUUGAGUCAGAUUGUGGCAAGCGCCCAUGAUAUUUAUUGUACCUUAUUUAUUGUUGAAAGCCAAAAUGAACGUAUUCCUUACUGUAAUUACAUUUCUACUAAUCAUAAUAUUGUUCUACUAUUUAUUAAUGUAUUUAUAUUUCAGUGAUUAUACUUAUUUAUCAUUGUAUUUAUUUGUCAAUAUGUUGAUGUUGCACUUAUUCAUUGAUGCAUGCAAACAUUUGAAUUGUCCUACAUAUGUGCUCUUUUGAAUAAAUA